ACCACCACCAGACAAGCAGGACUAUGACUGACUGAUUAUCCCCAUCUAAUCAUUCGAACUCAAUGUCUAUCUCCAUGGCAACUCUAUCUCCCAACCUCCACUUUACCUGCAGACGGACCCUGUUUCUCGGCCCCAAGAGACCUCACUACCUCCUUCUUUCCACCCCAAAGUCUUUACCUGAAAAUGGAGCUGGAAUUUCUGUUUCAGCUGCCGCUGUUGAAGACUCAAGACCCCAAACGAAGGUCUCGGAGCUCAAGGAGGCUGCGGAGAGUUCUGCCUUGCCAAACGGGGUUCCGACUGCAUCGGAACUCAAGGCGGUGAGCACUUUUGAGGACCCCAAGUGGGUUGAAGGUACUUGGGAUUUGCAGCAGUUCAAGAAAGAAGGGAAGAUUGAUUGGGAUGCCAUAAUUGACGCUGAGGCUAGGAGGAGAAAAUGGCUUGAGAAUAACCCAGAAUCAACCAGUAAUGAUGACCCUGUUCUUUUUGAUACCUCCAUCAUACCUUGGUGGGCAUGGAUGAAGAGGUUCCAUUUACCUGAAGCGGAAUUACUUAAUGGCCGUGCAGCAAUGAUAGGGUUCUUCAUGGCUUAUCUGGUUGACAGCUUGACUGGAGUUGGUCUGGUUGAUCAAAUGGGCAACUUCUUUUGCAAGACUUUAUUGUUUGUUGCUGUAGUGGGAGUUCUUCUCAUUCGAAAGAUCGAGGACAUAGAAAACCUUAAGAAGCUGAUUGAAGAGACUACCUUUUAUGACAAGCAAUGGCAAGCAACCUGGCAAGAUGACAACUCUGGCAGUCCCAAGAAUGACUAGGAGAAUUGCAAUUCUUGGUUUGUCAUUUUAGCCUUUUACAUUCUCUCUCUUUCCCCACUUAUUUUUAUUGCAAGUCUCCCAUUUUGUGAAGAAGCAGGAUGUUAGUCGCUUUUCACUCCAAAAUGUUCACUUGAGUUUUUGUUGUUAUAUUGCUAAUGAGAUGUUUGCAUAUUAAGAUGUAAGCAGGUGGUAGCGUACCAUCAUGCCUUACCUAGUUAUUUAACAUUUGGAGCAGCUAUUGCUUGCUCUUAUUUAUAGCAUAUAAGGAUCAUUGUCUUGUUAUCUCAUUUUUUUGGAUUUGAGAAAGAGAAGAUUUGCAGAGGGCUGGAUGGAUACUUGAAUGAUUAAAUCACUCCCAAUUCU